UUUAUCUUUAUCUUUGUAACUUGUUCUUUCAAGUCAACUCAAUGGCUCUUUAUGGAAAGUUGGAGACUGAGGUAGAAAUUAAAGCUUCAGCUGAGAAGUUUCACGAAAUACUUCAUCAAAAGCUUCACCAUAUCUCGAAUGCUUCUUCAGAUAAAAUAAAAAGCUGCGAGUUACAUGAAGGAGAAUGGGGCAAAGUUGGCUCGAUCCUCUAUUUCACCUACGUGCAUGAUGGAAAGGUUUCUGUGGCAAAGGACCUUAUAGAAGCUGUUGACGAGGAGAACAAUUCAUUCACAUGGAAAGUGUUAGAGGGAGACAUUUUAGAGCACUACAAGAGCUUCAGAAUUAGAGUAAAAUCUAUCCCAAAGGAUGAGGGAAGUGUGAUUCACUUUACUUUGGAAUAUGAAAAGCUGCAUGAAGGAAUUCCAGAUUCACACAGUUUGCUUCAGCUUUGUGCUGAUAUCUCCAAAGACAUUGAGGCUUACCUUAUGGGAAACAAUAAUGAAGGUUCAUUUAUAGCCAAGGCAUGACCAACAAACCUCUCACUUCACCCAUAACUAAGGUGGUGCUAUUACUAUAUUAUGGAAUAAUACUUGGCAAUUACUAUGUUGCUAAUUAGUGUUUUAUACUUGGCAUAGCUAAGGUGGUGUUUUAUAAGUGUUGUGAAAUGUUAUAAUCUCUGAUCUUUGUAUGCUUUUAAUAAAAUAGAACAAAGUUUGUGUCUUGGUGCAAUAA